GAGCUUCUGAGCAGUAUCAGCAACAUGAUAGCUAAGAUAAGUGACAAGUCUUCUUCUGCUAUUUCUGUUUUAGAUGUUCCAAAAUUUAAACGUAAAAGUAAUGAGGAACAAUUUAAAUUAAAUGCCAAAGUUAUACAGAAGAUAGAAGGUGCGCAUUCAGCCGUGGAAUCAGAGGAUUUAUCGUCUGCUAAAGAGGCUAUUAUUCAAGCCAGAGACAUGUUGAAGCACCGACAAAAAUUAGUGCUUCUGGCCGAUACGUCGGAUUUGGGUUGGAGAUUGGUCAGCGAAUACGAGGCAAAUCCCAUCGCUAGCGAUAGCGACGACGAAAAACGUAUUUAUAAGGCGGAGGCUCGUGCCAGUAGGAAGGCUAAGGCAGACAAGACCAAAAAACCCAGAAAAAACAACUGGCCAUACAAGCGUCCAGAGGCAUCGGGAUCUGCGCAGGCGUCACAGGGCAUCAGACAGCGUCCCGGAUUGUGUUUUUCCUGUGGAAAGGCGGGUCACUGGAAAAAUGAAUGUACACAGAACAGUUCUUACCAGAACAAUAAGUUAAGUAGUUAUUUUGAGAUUUUAGACUCAGUAAAAGUCACUGACAUUACCAAGGGUACUGUGUGCCAAGAUAAGGCUUAUUUGAGUAAAAAUGAAACAUUAUUUAAGGCCGAGAAAAAAGGCAGUGACCAGAUGUCGGAUAAAAGAAUAGUAAAUUCUAUUUCACCUGUAGCCCGAUUAAGGCAGAAUAAAGACAAAUGGUGCAGGGUGUCCAAUAAUCAAUAUAUUUUAGACGUUGUUGAAAACGGAUAUAAAUUGCCGUUUAAGAACAUACCAGAAAGUGCGCACUUGAAAAACAAUAGAUCCGCACUUGAAAACAAAACGUUUGUUAGAACGGAGAUAAAGUCUUUGUUAGAAAAGAGGGUAAUAUCGGAAGUAUUAGAAAAACCAAUUGUGGUAAAUCCACUCACAGUUGCUUAUAACAAAGCUGGAAAGCCCAGACUGGUGUUAGAUUGUAGGCAUGUAAAUCCUUGUUUGCAUAUGUUUAAGAUAAAAUUUGAAGACAUAAACACAGCAGAGAGUUUGUUUGACCUUAAUACGUUUGUUUAUACUUUCGACUUAAAGAGUGCUUAUCACCACAUAGAUAUUUUUCCUGAACAUACUACGUAUUUGGGAUUUUCCUGGAUUGAUGACGGAAUUGUAAGAUAUUAUGUGUAUAAUUCAUUACCAUUUGGAAUUGCUUCCGCAGGGCAUAUCUUUACGAAAACUCUAAGAGUGUUGAUUAAACACUGGAGAUCAUUAGGACACAGGGUACUGGCUUGAGGCAAACACUAAAAAGAAAGUUUGACGAGGCUGGCGUUCAGAUAAAUAACGAAGAACAAUGUAUAGACAGAAUGGCUACACAUAUUUUGAGCUCUAGAGCUGAUAGCACUGUAAAUAAAUAUGCUCAUCAAGUGAAAACUUUUAAAGAUUUCUGUAUUUCGAAGGGAUUUCCCUGUGAUCCAGCACAUUCCAUUCACGUCGCCAUGUAUUUAUCGAACUUAAUAGACAGUGGAAAAUCGGACAGCGUAAUUAUGGCAGCUUUUUAUGGAAUUAAAUGGUACCAUAGUAUUAACGACUUCCAGGAUCCAACGGAGAACGUAGUGGUGAAAUCUAUGCUAGAAUGUGCAAAACGGUUGAACUCUAAACCCACAACGAAAAAGGAUGUAAUUACUACAGAACAUUUAAUAGAGCUUUGUAAUAUGUUUUCAGAAUCUACGGAUGUUGUCGUACUCCGCGAUCUGACAAUGAUUUUGUUAAGUUACGCAGGUUUUUUGCGUUUUGAUGAAGUUAGUGAAUUACGUUGUAGUGAUAUUGAUAUCAAGGACAGAUACAUAUCUUUGUUUAUUAAGAAAAGUAAAACUGACAUAUACAGGGGUGGUAAAGAAGUACUUAUUUCUAGCGGUGAAACGUCGGCUUGUCCAGUUGCUAUGUUGCAAAGAUAUUUACAUUGUUCAAGUAUGCAUUUAAAAUCAGACUCGUAUCUUUUUAGACCUGCAUGCAGGUCCGGCCACAAAUGUUUUUUAAUUGAUAAAGAUAAAAAGCUUAGUUACACUCGAUCAAAAGAAUGUAUUGUGUCUAAGUUAAAGCUAGUUGCGCCUAAUUUGCGUUUAGGAACACAUUCGUUGAGAGCUAGUGGUGCCACCACUGCCGCCAAUGCUGAAGGCAUUUCAGACAGAUGUCUAAAGCGACACGGUCGCUGGAAGUCUGAUUUGGCCAAAGAUGGUUACAUAGAUGAUUCAUUAGAGAAAAAGCUUUUUAUUACAAAACAGUUAAAGUUAUGAGUACAUAUAUUGUUUAAGGAAAAUUCGAAUUUGAAUGACAUAGGCUCUAACAUUUGUAUUAGUUCUAUCGCAAGUCUUGCCCAUUGCAAAACAGAGUUUGUGUUUUGUGCGUAGUUAUGUUAAGACUUUAAAGUUCUGCGCGUUACGGAGUAUAGCCGUAGAACAUAUGUCUUAACGUUGUGUAGCACAACUAUUUGUGCGAAUCACUGAUGUGUUGGAUCACGUGAUCAGUGAUUGGUCAAGUGGUACGUGGCGGGAAUUAGUACGGGUAACGCGGUUGUUUGUCAGUUCUACGCUUGGCUUCGAUUGUUUCACUUCUACUUUAUUCAAAUUCGAAUUUUUGUUAGAUUAUAAUGAAAACUUUGAUUCUGUAAACUCCAUGUAGAUUAUAAUCUGGUUUGAUAAAGUUGAUAUACUUUUUGUAGAAAGUUGAACAAUUCUCAAGACAUAAUGAAUAAUUUGUCUAGUUUUAAGAAAGGCUAUUACUUUUUAUUAUUUUAUACUACCAAGAUACAGUAGGUACAGUUUUCCAGAGUUUUUUACAUUCCCAGUUCGGGAAUGAUUUUUUAAUCUCUGGUUUUUAAUCUGGCCUAUUGUAUCUAGGUUGACGGCUGUACUGUACAGUCAGUGUGUACACAAGAUAAUUAUCUGACAAUGUUAUUUGUAUGAAGCUGAUAUGCAUAUUGUAUGCUAUUUGAUUUUGUUUAUAAAGAAUAUGAUCAUAUAUUCAUGUACUUGUACAUAAAAUGCUCAAAAUAAAACAAUCGCAAGUCUUGCCCAUUGCAAAACAGAGUUU